UCCAGAACUUGGGAAACACCUGUUUUUUCAAUGCAGUAAUGCAGAAUCUUAAUCAGACACCGUAUCUGCUCAACGUUCUCGAAACACAUUGUCCAAAUGAUGCAUUAUGGACUGUGGAAACCCCUGCAGAGGAUGAUGGGAACAGUCUUCCUUUGGAUGAAGCGAUUAUUAGUGAUGGCAGAUCUAUUCAAAUUAAGACUACUCAGGUGAAGCUUCCAGACAGUAAUCCUUUGACCAAGUCUCUUCUGUUGUUCAUGAAACUGGUGAGCGCUUCCUCACAAAACAAAAGCAAUGUGGUUAACCCAGGACAGCUCUUUGGACAGAUUUGCAAAAAAGCUCCACAGUUCCGAGGUUUUCAGCAGCACGAUAGCCACGAACUGCUUCGUCACCUCUUAGAUGGAGUUAGAACAGAAGAAGUCAGGAGGCAGAAGGAUGGUAUUUUAAGAUACUUUGGACUUAGUAAAAAAAUUAAUCCAAAAGAAGUUGAUGAAGAGAUGAAGAAAAAAAUCAAAGUUUUUGGACGACAGGCUUCACAUACGCUGGUGGACAUGAUAUUUGGUGGUCAGUUGCUUAGUACUGUGUUAUGUGAGGAGUGCCACAUGUCAUCUCAAGUAUUUGAACAGUUUAUGGACCUCUCCCUGCCCGUAUCCGAAGAAAAGCCUACUCGACCAGGCUUACAGAGGAAAAAUGUGGUGCAGGAACCUAUAGUAGAAUGCUCAGCACAGAACCAACAGCCUGUCAGUAAUUUCAGCAAGUAUCAAGAGAAGAAGAUCAAAAAACAAGCAAAGAAAGAAGCAAGGAAAAAAGCUAAAGCAGUACGAGCAGCGGCUACCACACUGACGGUCUACCCUCCCUCCAAAUCUGAGGGCAGUACUACUAAUGUAGCUUCUGUGGAUGAGACUGGAUCUGAAAAUGGAGAUUGUGCUGAUAAUACUGAUGCAGAUGUUGAAGAUAAUGAUGAGAGUGAGGCCAUGUACAGCAAGUCACAACAGUCAUCACCAUCAGCUAAGAAGAUCAGAAACAAAGAGAAUAACCAGACUUUCAACCAGGAAGAAAAAAACAGUGAACUACUUUCACCAAACGUUAAAAACAUUAAAGUAUUGCAGAGUGUGAUAAAUAACGAAACGGGUGAAAACGAAUGUUUGAAUUCUUCAUUUCGAAACAAAAAUCAAAAUAAAUCUCCCUGUCAAGAAAGUACCGAUAAACAAGAAAGCUUAAACAGUUUAGAGUCAGUUACUCAAGAGCACAUGGAGGAAUUGUGCUCAAGCGUGUCGAACAUGAGAAUUAGAAGAAAAAGUGAGAGCAAAGACAGUUUGUUUGACCCUCCAGAAUUAAAGGAAUUCAACGGAGCAGUUGAUGACCCAACAUCUCCGAUAGUUGAUAACUCCCAGGAUUAUCGUCAUGGGAGCACAGAUUCUGGAAUAAGUAAUGGAGAAAGAGUGGAGAAUGGAGGAGAAAAUAAUGAAAAGGCCAAAGAAAUUCCUUCUAACAAAAUAAAACAGGAAUGGAUUACAAAAUCUCUAACCACUCUGGCACCAAGGUAUCACCCUGCUUCACAUGAAUGUUCAGUGAUGUCAUGUCUGAACCAGUUCACAGCUCCUGAACUCUUGACUGGUAACAACAAGUUUGGCUGUGACAACUGUACCAGGCUAAAGAAUGAAGCUUCUGGAGAGAACACGAAGAUGGUCUACAGCAAUGCAAGCAAACAACUGUUAAUCUUCAGUCCUCCAGCUGUUCUUACCCUUCAUUUAAAACGCUUUCAGCAGGCUGGCAUAUCUUUGAGAAAAGUUAAUCGUUCUGUAGAGUUUCCGCUUCUCCUUGAUCUGGCUCCUUUCUGCAGCUCAGUGUCAUUGAGCCUGGACCAUAUGAAGAAAGGUCAGAAGAAAAUUCUCUACUCUUUGUUUGGAGUAGUGGAACACAGUGGACGGUUGACUAGUGGUCACUACACAGCAUAUGUCAAAGUCAGGUCAAAUGUUCCUCCACAGAACUUUUUGUGUACACAUCCAUUAAGACAGUGUGAGGUUGAUCAGCUGAUGGAGGAUAUGAGCAAAAGAUGUCACCAAAAUCAGGAAAACCUUCUUCCAGACCUCGAUAGCAGUUCUCGAGAGGAGAGCGAAAGCUUGUCCACACUUCCAGGGAAGUGGUUUCACAUUAGUGACUCGAGCGUCACUCAAAUAUCCGAGUCUUCGGUGCUGAGGAGCCAAGCUUAUCUAUUGUUUUAUGAAAGAAUAGCUUAAAAUUUACUUAUAUUAGCGAAAAAGUUUUUGUUAAAAGUAAAUCACAUUGUUAAAGCUUGAUCUAAUUAGACAGUAGCCCCAGAUCUGACACACACACACUUGUUUUUUUUUAGAACUUGUGAAAGUUAUCAAACUCUAAUUUUACAAAAACUCGGAAACUUCAAGAACCUUGACUGACUAAAAUUUAAUUUCUCCGUGGUUACUUUAGAGGAAUUUUCCUAUUCCUUGGUAAAUUAUUCAGAAAAAGUAUAUAAAGCUGGUACUAGAUUUGGCGUGCAUCAUAAAACUCAUUAGACAAACAGAUUAAUGUUGCUGGAAUUGGGUGGGGGGUUGGCUCUGGUGCAGGGGUGUGGAAUUCAUGUCACCUGGGACUUUAAGUUUUGCCAUUUUACUUUACCCAUUGGACCAGUAGUUUCUGUAUUCUCGUUGUUUCGUUGUAAAAAAAAAACAUCUAAUAGUCGCACACUUUCCUGAAAAUUAGGGAAGUCUAGCCCACACAAACAAACUUUUAAAAAAUGCAUACCUAAAACCGAAAUUAUGUACACAUCCCUCAGUCACACACACAGAGUAACAAGUUUAUUUCAAUUGAUAUUAUAAUAUUGCAUUUGUCUACAGUAGGAACCCAGUAGGGUUUGACUGACACCUCUAGGAGUAAUAUAUAAGGUAACAAAAGUAAUAAAAAGCUUUAAACUAUUAUAUAUAAGAUAUAUUUAACAUUGUUUUACUUUGUGACAGCAAAAUCCAAUAAAAUUAAGGCUGCAAAUAGCAUUUAAUUUUGGAUAUAAACCGUUUAGUCCAAAAAUUCCUCCCCUCAGUGGCUCACCAGUGAGUCUGAAGGCUAAUAACACAAAAAAACAGGUUUUGAUACCUACAGUGGGCACGGCGCAGAUAUCCCAAUGUGUAGCUUUGUGCUUAA